AUGUUGGAAUUUACCACAGAUAUAGCUGGUGCUUUGCAGAAUGCUACAGUGGCUAAGCUUGAUGCGGCGCAGACAUAUUUGGCCGUUGUUGAUGUUGGUCUGAUGCAGGCUGAACUUGCGACUGCUUCAGGUCCGAUACAGGAUGGUCCUUUGCUGAAUGCUACAACGGCUGAGCCUGGUUCGGCGCAUACAUAUUCGGCUGCUGAUGCUGCAGCUUGGCUUGAGUAUUUUGAGUCCAAGGCAUUUGAACAGCAAGAAGCUGCUCAAAAUGGCAUCAGAAAACCUGAUGCAUCAAUAGCUAUCAAAGGCCAUCUAAGGGUAUUUGUCAGUGUGUCGGAUCUUCUUGACUACAUCAAUCCUAAUCACGAUACCAAAGGGAGAGAUGCAGCAACAAAGAGAAGAAACCAGGUGCGAGCAAUAUCCUACCAGAACAAUGUCUCAGCAAGUUCUGAUGAGUCUUCAAAAGAAAUCCUAAAAGAGGCUUCAGAUGAAGAGCUACAUAUACCUGAAACAGGAGGUAGUGCAGAUUCUGAGAAUGAAACCAACUCGGCACCUGAUCCAGAACUGCCAAUUUUAGAAAAGAUCUCGGACGAAAAGCCACAAAUUUCUAAUGAUUUAUUGUCUGAAGUUCAUCCUGAUGGAGAUGAUGGAUGGCAAUCAGUUCAAAGACCAAGAUCAGCUGGUUCAUAUGGCCGGCGAGUGAAACAAAGACGGGCAACACUUGGCAAAGUUUAUAGUUACCAGAAGAAUGUGGAAGUUGGUACUGAACAACAUCCUUCGGUAAAAAGUGCUAAUCAGAAUAGUAAGUAUUAUUUCUUGAAGAAGAGGACAACACACCAUGGGGGUUAUGCAGAUAAUCCUGCUGUGAGCAUCAGCCAAGGCACUAAAUUCGGAAGAAAGGCAGUCAAGGCUGUUGCAUACAGGGUCAAGUCUACGUCAUCUGCUUCUAAGACCGUUUUAAAUGAGACACCAGAAAUUGGUGACAAACAACCUGAUUCAGUUGAUGUUAAUCCAUUUAAGACCCCUAUAGUCAGUCUUGGUAAAAGUCCUUCAUACAAGGAAGUAGCCUUGGCUCCUCCUGGAACAAUCUCCAAGUUGCAGGUCUACAAUCCUCAAAGUGAGAUUCCUAUUAGUCAUGAACGCGAUGUUGGAAAACACAAAGAGGAAGAUAUCGAAUCUCAUAGAAACAUCAAUCCAACCCCAAAAGAGGCAAAUAAUGCGUUUAAAGAGAAGUCUGAUGAUUCUUUGUCUGAUUCAAUAGAAGAUUCACAAGAUGAUACUGUAGUUUCUACUGACAAGAAAGAAGAAACUCAGUUGAACAAAGGUGUUCAAGAUAAUUGUGUGACUUCUGAGGGGCUUGAAUCUGGGGACGUUGAAGCACAAGGAGCUGUUGAUAACAGCAUAGUGAUUGAUACAGUAGAGAAUGUUGUGGACUCUUACACACAAGAACUUAUUGCAAGUAAUUUGCCUUGCAGUUUUGAACCUUCUGAUAAUAUAAAUUCUAGUCCACGUGGUAGUGAGGAUUUAGGCCUCAAUUUAUUAUCACCUAGUCAGAGUCAAGCUGGAGGCAUCUCCUAUAAGAAAUUGUCUGCAUCAGCAGCGCCAUUCAACCCAUCACCUGCCAUUGCACGUGCUGCACCUAUUGCCAUGAAUAUGACUCAUCCUUCUGGUCCCGAUCCUGUUCCAGGUAUUGGCCCCUGGCCAUUAAACAUGAAUGUUCACCCUGGACCUGGUACUGUGCUACCUGCUGUUAACCCUCUCAACAUGCAUAUCCAUCUCCUCCAACAACACCAAACAUGAUGCAGCCAUUGCCAUUCAUGUAUCCUCCUUAUACUCAACCUCAAUCAAUACAAACCAGCAGUGCUUUUCAUGCCAAUCAGUUUACAUGGCAGUGUAAUUUGAACCCUAUCAUAUCUAAGUUUGGUCCUGGUGCUGUUUGGACUGGUUGUCAUCCUGUGGAAUUUCCUCGUUCAGUACCUAUUGUUGAAUCAAUCCCUGAUAUCAUUUCUGAGCCACUAGUGCAGUCUUAUACCGUUGAAAGUCCAAGUUCAGCUUCAGUUCAGCUUGAGGACAUUGAUAAGCUUGGGGAUUCUAAUAAAGAGGUAAAAACUUCAGCACCAGAGAUUAAUGAAGAUGGAACAGUGAGAGUUGAUUUAGAAAGUAUAAAAUAAAAUGGUAAUCUAAAUUUUCCCGGGACCAACAAUGCUGGGAACGAACCAAAUCAAAAUGUUGGCUCGAACAACAGCACUAACAGUAGUGAAAUGAACAUGGAUGAUGAGAAAACGUUUAGCAUUUUGAUUCGUGGAAGAA